AAUUAUAAUUUCGUUUAGAUUACGACAGAAUUAUUAUUUAUUAAUUAUUAGCUAUUGCCUAUUGGCCAUCCAUUUAAUCUUAAUUGUCUUAAUUAAGUAAAAGUAUAAUUAAGGAACUAUAUAAAUGUUCAAGUGAACAUCAUAACAUCAUUUAUAAAUGAUUUAUAUAUAUAUGCAUCUAUAAUAGUCGUGAUAUUAUGUAAUAGGUAUUGCAAUUUUAGAUUAUUGAGUACUAUGAGUUCAUAUACUCGAUAUAGCUGAUACUAUCUAGUUAUGUAUUCUUGAUCAACAUAAUUAACUUGGAUAACGCCUAAUUUUAAACCUCGUUAGCCAUGAGUCAUACAGAAUCAACAAAAGAAAAUGGAUUACCAUUUUAUGCAAGUGGUCUAGUUGUUAAAGGAUUUGGACGAGGAUCAAAGGAUUUGGGUAUUCCUACUGCUAAUUUUAGUCGUGAUGUAAUAAAAGGUUUACCUGAAAACAUAAGCACUGGAGUAUAUUUUGGAUGGGCACAAGUUGACAAAUCACCAGUUUACAUGAUGGUUAUGAGUAUUGGUUGGAAUCCGUUUUAUCAAAAUAUUGAAAAGUCUAUGGAAAUUCAUAUACUUAAACAAUUUGAUGAAGAUUUUUAUGGAUCUAAUUUAAAAGUCAAGGUUGUUGGUUUUAUUCGACCAGAAUUAAAUUUCAACUCUGUAGAUGAACUAGUCAGUACUAUUCAUUCCGACAUUGAAUAUGCAAAACAAAAAUUAGAUGAAAAUGACAAAAAAGAUGUAUUCUUUGAUUUAUAAAUUGUAAGGCAAUUUAAAUUUAAAUUUAUUAUUCCAUAUUGUAAUGAGUAUAAGUAUUAUAGGCGUGCGCACGGGGCAGCAGACUGCUACUGCUGCCCCUGAACAGUUUGAAUAGUUUUGUUAGGACCUAACAGAUCCAACUGUCCAUGCUGGGCCACUGUAUAAUGCUCAUUAAAAAAUAAGUUAUAUUCUAUUCAAUUUAAGUUGACCCACUUUCGCGCAUGCAUACUGAACCGCCGGAACAUUUAGACCCCCCCAAGUAGGCGCCAGCGGUCUGUGAUUGGCGACGAUCACCACUAGCACUCCAAAGUCGAGCCAGCCUGCGCGACCGCGACCAUUAUUCGUCUGACAAGUGGGUCAACUUAAACUGAAUAGAGUAUAGUUAUCCAAUAUUUUUAACGCAUGAGCUAAUCUUUUCUAUAUUUAAAUAGUUCUAUCUUAACACAUACCACUGUAUAUUGUUAUUAUUAACAUUCAUUAAAGAUUUAUAUGACGUGUAUCUAAUAUAAUUUAUCAAAAACUAAAAAUAACUAAGGUUUUCCUUGUUCUGAACUAACGAUGCAAUAGCCAGUAGGUACAGUAUACACUGAUAUUAAUUUCAUUACCACCAUCCCCCCAGGCUGUUUGUAUGAAAAAAUUGUUUGUUGCACCUGACUUAAAACUCUGCGUACGCCUAUGAUAAGUAUAUGAAAAUUAAAUAUAUUCCUUUGUGUUUUAUAUAGUUGUAUUAUCACUUUAUUUUGUUGAUAUGUAUACAAAUUACAUUAUUAUUGUUAAAUAUUUUUAUUAGAACAAGAUUAAAACUAUAUAUUGACUAAACUUAAUUAUUAUUAUCUUAAAUAAAAAUGCAUAUUUUAUAAAUAA